GCAAAUAGAUUAAAAGAAGAACACUAAUGUCUGGAAAUAUAUCAAUUGCUGCUUAUGUGAAAUUUUCACUAAUGGCUAUAAUCUCCAUGAUGUUUGGAUCACAACUAGUUCAUAACCAAUAUAAGCCAUUGGAUGAUUUAGAAGAUUAUGUCGAAAAAGAAAUAGAAAAACUUAAAACUGCUGAUGAAUCAAAAGUAUUAUGAAUUGGCAGAUCAUUUAGUUAAGACAUUUUUUAAUUAUUAUUUACUAAUGAUUAUAGAAAAUAAUAACUAAUAAAAAUAUA